UGCCUGAAAAAAUAAACAUUCUGUUAAAAACUCAUCCCACUGGCAUCAAAACGAAUUGAUGUAAAAAAAUUCAAGCUCUUUCUACGAUAGUCAAUGCAGUUUCAAAUAACCUUGGUUGUUCGGAUAAAUUUUUCUUCCAUUGUUUUUGUUCAAUUUGUUUUACAAGUCUUUCAUUUACGUAGUUUGGUUUAGCGUUGGACUGCUUGGUAUCCGUUAGUGGGUCUCGGUCCAUUCAUCAAAAUAAUUUGCAUUAAGCUCUUUUUCAAGAUCUAUCCACUCGCAUGUGACUCACGUCCUCUACAUCCGAUCGAUUAGAUGAGUCGGGAAGACUAAUUGACGUCACAACUACCAUAAGGCCUAUCGGGCAGCGAAACAUCAACAACAACAAAAAUAGUGGCAAGGAAAAAGCUGGUUGCUCAAGCUCGCCGGACGUUUGUUUUCAUGUAAGAUGUUGUCGAGUUGAUUAUAGGAAAUAUUGCAAGGAAAAUCCCAACUGGCAAUGUUUGAUAAUUGGAAGAAAGUAAGAUGAAUGCAAAUCUUGCUUGGGAACAGUCUUUCAAUGAAGAAGCGAGCUAUCAGCUUGAAGCCUAAUACUUGUGUUGUGUACCUAUGCAAUUUCACAUCUGGCUGUUCGAAGAAAGAUUAAUUGUGAAGUAAACUAGAGUAUCGAGGAGUGGGUUGGUCGCCACCAAUAAGUCUCCAAUGAUGAUAUGAAGAGUCAAAGUCGUUGUCUGGCUUACCAUUUCUGUUAUGGCGAACAUCGCAAAGCUAAUGAAGAAAGCCAUUGUAACCAGAAACGAAUGCACCAGAAUUGAACGAUUUUGACGUCUUCUUUGUAGAACUACGUUGUAUCUUGUCACACGAAAGCUUAUGAUGCUGUAUUGUAUUAUAAGGAACAGGCAGCUGAUGAUGGCUAAGAUGGCAUUGGCACGUAUCGUUUGAGACUGGGUCAUGAGAAAGUGCGACAGGAUUCCAUAGAGACAAGGCAAUAAUAUUUUCAGACGGUAAAAAUUUCGCACCAACAAAACGUUUGGACCAUCCAACUGUUCGAAUAUAUUAGCAUCCUAUUUUUUACUUUUAAUGUAAAAUACGAGGGGAAUUUCUAAGUAAAUAGUCAGUUUGAAAUAACGAGAGCCAGGCACGAAAAGCUACAUAUUAUCGUGUUUGAUGACAAACCAACCUUUGGCAGGUAAAGAUGAAAUUCAUUCUUUCAAACACUUUUUCAAAAAAGGACGUUUUCCAAUAUUCUGAAGGGGUUUGAGGUUUUUGCCCCUUCCCCUUUUCUGUGCCGAUGUUAGCAACGAUAGCCAUACCGAGGCUAGGCUUCAAUUUGUUGUUAUGUGGUGUGACUGUGACAACAAAAUUUCAAAAGGGCAAGCAAAAAAGAUCAGGAAGGAAAUGUUAUGGCGGCCGAACCAUGUGUUUCGUGAUCUAUGAGGAAUGGAUUUGUUGCACAGGACAAAAAGUACGGAUUCGAUUGCUUCAGAUCUAAAAUUUGGAAAUAAGGCAAAGAAAAAAGGGAAAAAAACAGGGAAGAAAAAGAAAAAGGACGACGAAAAGCAGCAGUCUACUGCCAGUGAAUGUGACAAGGAAGGCCUAAGCUACUACCGAAAAUAUUUUGUUUCCAAACCCGAAUGCCGAAUUUUGUUCAAGGAAAUUUCAGAUAAUUUUGAGCAAUGGCUAUCUUGGCAGCGGAAAAUUAUCAUUUGUGGACUUACAGAAAAGUGCUCUAAGUCACUUGUAAGAACGCUGGGGACUGUGGUUGAGCCAAUACGCCACGGGAAUGCAUUGGCUCUGAAUCCGUCCUUCGUCAAAAAGAAGAGUCUUUUAUACUCUAAAAAUGGCAAUUACUCCAAACCAAACUCUAUUUCAACCAUUUCUCCAAAUAAUGUUUCUCCCGUGCAAAGUAACACGAGUUACAAAGUCCUGAACGAGCAACGUUUACAUACAUUAGGGUUUUCCAACUCCGAACAGUAUUACAACGAUUUUACCAACGAACGAGAGGAUUUUUCACAUAGUUCCUUUUUUCCAGCUAUUGAAACGAAAGCACAAUUUACAUCUGCUAACCAGCAAUUGAACUUGGCUCAAUUGAGCCACAAACACCAGGAUUCUUGUUCACUAAAAUAUGCACCAUCUGAAUCAUUCUUCCCCAAAAUACUUCUUACAAAAUCAGAUGAACUUGGAAAACUCUGCACUCCCAAAUCAAUUGUUAGGAUAAAUAGUACUUUUUACACAUCAAAAGCCUUCAAGAAUAGAAAAUGGUGGCCAUCUUCAGCACCUCAAAAUGAUUUUCUGGCUCCAAGUGGGAAAAAAUUACUCUGGAACUUCAAAAAAAGACUUACAGUUAUAUAUGAGUGGUUUGGCAAUUGGAGUGAUGCUGAGCAAGGAGAUUGUCUUUUACAGAUUUUAUCAUGCUGUGAAGAGGAUGAACUGCAAUAUUUUAGCCAGUGUGUUCUCCAGAGGUUAAAAGAGCGGGAUGAUAUAAAUUGCUUGUCUGAUAAGCUACUCUUGAAAAUUUUUGGAAAUUUGGCAGCAGAAGACCUUUUGGCUGUAGGAUCUGUUUGUAAACAUUGGUAUUCAUUGGCCAAUGAUCAAGAUUUGUGGCGGAACAAGUGUCAAAUAAUUGGCCAGCACAAUGGUUUACCAGGUUUCACUCAAAAAGUGGAGUCUGUUGCAAAAGGUAGUUCUAUAGACUGGAAAAUUAUGUACAGAGAUCUCUUACUAAGACUGCAACAAAGAAAAACAGAAAUAACAUCAGAUGAAUCCGAAGAAUCUGAAUCUGAAGACGAUGAAUUCAAUGAUGCAGUUGAAGACAACGACAAAUCGUAUACCAUUGAAGAAAGCACUGAUGAUGAGGCUGACACUGCCAGUGUUGUAGACCAAAAUGAAGUAAAAAGCGAGGUAAAAAGCGACGCUGAGAGUUCGGAAGAAGCAAGUUCUGUAUCAGGAAUGUCAGAGUAUUUGAAUGGCAAUCUAACUUUGAUUGAGGACACAAUGCAACAGUUAUCUUCGCAAGCCAAAAGAGAGAACAGUGAUGAUGAAGAGGACACAGCCUUAGAUAUAAGACCAGAUGUAUCAAUGCAGGCACAUAACAAAAUACUUGAUGCCGUUAUGUCUGCAGAUGAUAUGCCAUAUAAAUUUGUAAACUUGGAAGGGAUCGGAUCUCUUAAGCGAGUCAGAAAGUUGCAGGGGCACAUCGAUGCUGUAUCAAGCGUUUGCUUUGACAAAAAGAGGGUUAUAAGUGGCUCUGCUGAUAGAACCAUUCGUGUUUGGGAUGUAAGAAGUGGCCGUAUUGUUCGAAAGCUGAAAGGUCACAAGGGUGGCGUUCGUGCAAUUUGUCUCGAUAAAGACCACAUCAUAAGUGCCUCUUGGGACACGACAAUCUUUGUUUGGAGUGCUGUUAAGUUUAGACGAAUCAAGACACUGGUGGGACAUAAAGACUGCGUUUCAUGCUUGGAUACUAAUGAAGAUAUAUUAGUAUCUGGUUCCCAUGACAAGACAAUCAAGGUGUGGGACAAAAUAACUUGGUCUUGCGUUUCAACAUUGUAUGGACACCAAGGUUGUGUGACGUCAGUUUGCUUGUUAGAAAACAACACAGCAUUGAGCGGAUCAACAGACUGGACUGUUCGACACUGGGAUGUUGCUAGUGGUUCGUGUUUGAGAUCAUUUCAUGGAAGCAAAGAAGUCAUUCUUACUGUCAAGUGUUGUGGAGAUCUUGUUGCUGGCGGUGCCCAAGAUGGGAAUCUGCUAUUUUGGGACAUCAAAACUGGAAAAUGUGAGGCAAUUAUACUAGCCCAUAACGGUCCACUCCAUUCAGUGUCUUUUUCUGGAGCACGCUUUGUGACUGCUGGAGGUGACCAGUUGGUGAAAGAAUGGGAUUUGUCGACUUGCUGUUGUCUUCGCUCUUUAACUGGCCAUAAAAACGUGGUUCUUUGUGUACAGGCCUCUAAGAGAAGGAUUGUGUCUGGCUCAGCUGAUGGAACUGUCCGCAUAUGGGACUUUGGCAAUCAUGUUCAGCAGGUUAUGUGAUCUAAUCUAAAAAUUCUGAAAAACGUUUUUAUGACAUCAUCCGUUAAGGAAUCUAUGAUAGACAUAUUUCAAGAACCUUGAAAGGAAUUUCAGUUUAAUCAAAAUUAAAACAGGCUUUGGAGAGAGGACGCUUCCUCUUAGAUAAGCUUUUUCACCGUACAUACCACGCACAUAUGUGCUAAUGUAUUCGAUUUAGUACUUUGAAAACCAAAGGUACCAAAGGUUGCUAGAUUAGUUAUUUUAAUUUGUUUUGAAUGUCCAGUUUAACCAGUAAAUAUUUUGUAAGACGUUCGCUAUGGUGACAUUUUCGUGUCUUGAGACAUAAAUGAUAGCAUUUUCAAUUAGAUAUUUUCAGAUUAGUUAUUCCCUUUAAAGAACUGUCCGCUGUUUGGAAUUUCAACUUAGUUUUUGAAUGUAUGUAGACAUAGCUUUCAUCGUCAAUGUUGGGAUUAUACUUGAUUGAAACAUUUUCGAAAGGUCUCUGUGCAGGUGUAUUUAGUUUAAUCUCACCAGAAUGUUUAAUCUCAUGGUUUUAGAUUUAUACGUUUAUCGUAGUCAUAAAUUGAUUUAUUAAAUUUCUGUAAGACUUAGCUUCCUAGGAUUAUUAUAUCUUGAAUGACUCGUAUUCAGGAAUACCCAUGAAUUUGUUGACUGAAACCUGCAAUAUUAAAUUGUAAUCUCCAUAAAUUCAUAGGUCUUUGAAAUUGAAAUACUUAUUCCUUCCAUGCAAAGAAAGCAAUUAGACACUCUUAAACCUAGCUCUGUUUAUUGCAAAUACUUGGGCCAUGUUAGUUUGAACCUUGUAUGUUAGUCUACAUUCAGUAUCAGUAUCAGUAUACAAUCAACACUCAAAGGUGCUGCAAUGAAAUUUUGUACCGCUUUGUAGGAUAACAUGUUAAGCAAGAAAACACAGGAAGGAAAAUAUAAACCUGUAUUCUUAACAUCUGUUUGCUAUUCUUAUUUUCUGCACUUUUUACAAGCGAGCUACUUAAACAUGAUGCAAUGUGAUAAAUCAUAUUUAUGAUUCAAAAUAUCACCUUUAUACAUCCCUCAGCACCUGAUUUAAGAUUUAUUGUUAUAUGGUUCAAGAAUAGGCGAGUUUUUUGUAUGUAUUUUAUUCGUUUCUAUUGUGUAUAGUAGCAUCUUAUGCUUAUAAUCACGAUAUUUCAGGUAGGAGGCAUCUUUGAUCAAGAAAAUAAAAAUUUAGUCAUCGCAAGAGUUGUCAAUUAAGAUGCUAGUCAGUAGCAAAUCAUAUUUGUGACGUCACACAUUUGCUUCUUAGACAUAAUUCAUUUAUAAACAAGUAUUCAGAAUGUAAUAAAACUGCGACCAAAAAUUGUAUUUUUUCUGUAAAUAUUGUACUUGUUGGCGACUGAAGAUCGAUAGCUUUUAAACUUAGUUUUAGUGUUUUGCAUUAUGUAACAAAUAUGUCUCGACUUUUAAUGGCAAUAAUAAAAAAAGCAAAGCAUUCAUUGUGUUUUUUCUUUCGUUUUUUCAACAAAUUUAUUUUUUGUUGAUUCUAAUUAUUGAUUUUUCAUCGAAACGGAACCUCUUGAUUAAUAAAACUUUGCGUAGCUUUUCAGUUGUUUAUGACUUUAGAAAUUUGCUAUGGCGAACAUGUAAACUGUUGAAAACAAAUCAAAUAUAGUUGUUAUGAAUAAUCUUCACAUUUUUAUUGCUUUAAAGAUCUUUACUACUUGACAAAAGAAUAGAAACUUUUCUAAUCUUGGAAUUUUCAAUUAAUUCAUAAGCAGGCUCAGAAAUACAGAGGAGCCUGCAUAAAUACAGAGGAGCCUCCAUGUAACGCACACCUCGCUGUAAAUACUCGGCUCUAAAAAUAUGGAAUGACACGUCUGUUGCUAUACGAGAAAGCUCAACUCUUGAUAGCCUUUAAAAAUAACUGGAAGCAAACAUACUGACCGAUCAAAUACCUUAACUUCAAAAUACGACCCCCUGGAAGAGAAGUAAUAUUAAGAAUUUACUUAAAAUCUUGCCUUUGAUUUUACCUUUGUUUUUAUUAAAUUGUAUAUAGUUAUUACUAGAUGCUGAAGGGUUUAUUUCGUGUGUAGAUAUUUAUUCGUAUCGUAACAUAUAACUCUUAUUCCCACAGCGGACAAUUAAACUGGCGCAAACGGUGUCCAUUUAGGCUCCACUGUAUCUGCUCAUAGUUAAGUCGUACAGUUGCCUAGAGGUUCUUUUAACAGUGCUUUGACCAUUUGGGACAAAAAUAUCUGUCCUUUGUUCAGAGGUGUCUGUUGUAUAGAGUGAAUGAAGGAGAGCUGAAUCAACUACACUCAUCCUUUUAUAAGAGACUGGCUAUGCUAUAAGAAACGAGUACUGGACAGUCAGAGAGAAUUAAGAAACUUAAGUACUCGAAGCAAAGAAAUUAAAAAGCUGUUAAAUCGUGAUAAAACUGAAAACAACGAAAUUUUGUAAAAUCCAAGAAGAUGAUUGCCCUGUUGGCCUAGAACUUAAGAUACAAGGGAUAAAAGUAUACUUCCCACAUCUAAAUACAGCAUUAAAACGGAAGCGAAUCUCUUGACGUGAUAAAAAAGGUCACAAACAUUUCAUAACAUCAUUCAUGACAUCAUAAUUAAGAAACUCUUAAGAAAGAAUGAGUAUUGAAAUUUCCAGAACAUUAAGAAACUG